GCAGCAGCAGCAGCAGCAGCAGCAGCAGGAUCUGCGGGACUCAGAUCACGUCUCUGUAGAAUCCCAGGUCUCCCGUGACUCACACGAUUCAAGAGCCUCCCAUGGCCAGGUCUCCAUGGAACCCCUGCGCCGGAUUUCCCAUGGACGUGAAGUUCACUCAGGUUCCGUAGAUUCUCAGGUUUCUCAGAACGCACGGCUACAACAAAGCCAAAGGCACGACUACGGCGAACUCAGCGGAGCUCAGGUCCCAGAGGACACUCAGGGCCCACAAGAAUCUCAGGUUUCCCAAGCCAGUGAGACUUUACAGGUGACUCAGGGUUUCCAGGUCUCAGUGCUCUCCAGGGUCCCAAAAGUAUCCCAGGAACCACCAUUCUCGAGGCAAUCUCAGGUCCGUCAAGAAUCGUGCAUCUCAAGAUGUCCCCGCGACGGAAGGCUACCAAAAGUCUCCCAAGACUCACAGGUCUAUCAAACCCACGUCUCCCAAUUCCCAGAAGUGUCUCACAACCUCGACGAUUCCCACUCGUCUCCAGGGUCCCAGGUCCCAAAGCUUUCCCAGAGUUCCCAGAAGUCAGUGGGCUCGCUGGAAUCCCAGGACCUUGGGGAGCUCCAAGUUUCACAAAGCACUCACGAAGCAUCUCGGCUCUCCGACCAAAAGAAACCUCAGAUUGUGGUCUCCCAGAGGACCCGUGUUCAACAGGUGUCCGCGACAUCGGAGACCCCCCAUAUAGCCCAGGCCACAACUACCCAGGUCUUCUGCAGCAACGCGGAACCUGACGAUGCAGUUCUACUGGUUUCCCAGGCCUCUGAGGAGUCCCAGGGGUCGCAGGGAUCAUUGGCUUCGUCUGCCUCCGGGCGGCGCAAGCGCGAGUUCACCCCGUCGGAGAAGAAGGACGCGUCGUACUGGGACAAGCGCAGGAAGAACAACGAGGCGGCCAAGCGGUCGCGCGAGAAGCGGAGACUCAACGACCUCGUGCUGGAGACGCGCGUGCUCGGUCCUCCUCGACGAGAACGCACGGCUCAAGACGGAGCUUAUUUCACUUCGACUCCGCUGUGGCCUUUUGCACGGGGAGGACGUCAAGAGCCCUUCGCCUGUCCGUCCGUCCAUGCCGCAGCACUACGACCACCAGCAAGACAACAGCCAUGACCAACAGCACCACCCAUGUGACAAAAACCAGCACCGCAACAAACAAGAGGACGUCGCCCGCUUAUACGACAGGGUCCGGGGAUGGAAUCCUUGGACGGGUGAUCGUCAGUCCCCAGAGGUCGGAGGUCUCGGGGGGGGUGGGGAGGGGUCACCCACCACCCGUGCCAUCGAGGGCGCGUGCCAGGGCAGCUCCAGUCCGGAGGCCAAACGAGGACGCUGGGAGGAGAAUGCAGAUGGAGAAAAGAAAUCUGUGGGAGGAGAGACGGAGGACAUCAGCCCAGAGAUAUGGACAAGUGUGAUUUUAAACGGGCUCGGAGGUGUACGGGGACAAAGCGAGUGGAUUGAAAAGACAGACAAAUGCGCGGAAAGGUUCUACAACUGGUCGGUGGAGAAACCAAACAUCAGACGCUGUGCUGAGAUGGCUGACACCCACAAAGAGAGAAAAUGGAAUUUAGAAGGAAACUCGCCUGGGAAAAGAUGCUGGAGCACAGAAUCAAACAAUCACGGGGGGAAACACUCUGGCGGGGCAAAAUAUGGACACAACGACGAAGAUCUUCCCUGGUCUGACUCCAUGACCUCACAAGACUGCAAUGGAGAUGACAAUCACCCCCAUGGGUUUGUGAUGGACAGAGCGGACGACGCACCCUCAAGUCGUCCCUGGCCAGAAACCCCUCGCAGUGCGCUGCCUCACAAGCUACGGCUCAAAGUGUCUCGGCCAUCACUGGGGGAGGCUGACUCUCAAGCGUCCCGGACGAGCCCCCAAAAACGACCGUCAAUAAUUGAGGGGGCAGUGGCUGCUGGGGGUCGCUUUGGCAUCACAAGCACGGGGGAUGUGGACAGAAGACACCGGGAACCAUGAACACGUGCACAUUACCACCGCAAAUGCUGACAAUCGCACCGGGAGUUAAAGAUGAAUUGAGAUUGCAAUUACAGUUCCAUCAGUAUCGCUCAACCAAAAUUGUGUAUGUGAAUAUUGUUAUUAUCAUGUCAAGGAAAUAUGCAACCCAGAAAUCUGAUAAGCACUUAUAUUGUGGAUACACACCUAGGCUGUGUGUCCUGGGAUGUCUGAUAUGAGUUUGAAACUUUGUAAAAUUAUUAAAAAGGGAAAUUUUAAAGGUAGGAUGAAGUGUGUUAUAACACUCAUGACAUAAAUGUGAAAUCGCUCCCAUACAUUUUAACAUGUAAAUGCAGUGACAUCAUCGGAGCGCUUUGACUGACAAUGUUUUUUAUGUCAACAUUUUUUUAAAUUCCUGAAACUUCAAACAGCAUGCAGAACAGCCCAGAACGUACAACGUGAGGUGUAUAUUUCUACCAGAAAUUCUAUAUUGAUUUUGGGUUAUUUCCCCUGUAGAAUAUCGGUGGUGGCCAUUACACCAAGCACUGUGAUCCAUGUUGGGGGAUCUCAGGGGGAUUUGCGAUCCACAGCAAAGCUAUCGCCAACAAUGGGAUGGUUGGCCCCUGUAAUAUGCUAUAGACAAAGUAAUAGCGGCAUUUAUUGGUGGAAGGUUUUUUGUUUUUUUACGUAUGAAUCCUUAAAGCGAGGAUUUGUAUUCGCCAUCAGCGGUGACGAACAUUGCUGUGUGCUUAUGUUAAGUGUUUGUUUCUCAUUUGUCCUGAAAUCCACGCAAAAAAUAAUUUGUGAUCCACCUAUGGAUUGCGAUCCAUGGAUUGGCCACCGCUGCUGUAUAUUGACAUGGCUAAUCACCUGAUCGCACGUGAACACUGAUGGAGACAGAAUGUAGACUGGCACACACAUCCGCAUCAAUGUAUGUAUACAUGUGUGUGGGUGUAUGCGUGCACGCGUGUGUAAGAUAUUAAGUUGCUGCUCCAGUGAACUUAAAUAAUGAGUAGCAACUCAAUUACAAGGAAAUAUAUUUCCUGAAGACGACUCAGCUGAAAAGUUUAGACAUAUCUUCUAUUCUCAGCGACAAUAAACCCUCUUAUUUCUCGUUAACCUGAAUCUGUGUUCAUAGGUAUGUGUAUGCACAUGUGUGAGUUAAUUGGGUACUGCACUAACACCCCAACACUAUUUGUUUGAUUCACAACCCAGGAUAACAAAUGGUAUAUGAUCCAUUCCUGGGUUUCCUCGGUCAAUUCAGCCUCAUCUGAUUUGACCUAGGUGUGCUAGCCACACCAUUCCCUUCUAUACCAUGCUGGGUAACAAUACCUUCCCCAAAAGUCUACAAGGCAUUACUUGCAGAGGACCAUGGUCUUAGUGUGGAUGUGUGUGUCUUUAAAAGUGGAACUGAAAUGUCUCGAGUAUUUGUAGAACACUCUUAUAAUGGCCGCGCUCCCUGAGUUGGGAUUGAUGGAUCACACAUAUAUCACUUUGUCCAAUGAGACUCCUAGUCUGCAAGGUUACAGGUCGGCAUCUGUAGGAGGCAGUACAGAAACUAUACACUUCCAUGACAAUUAGAAAUCGGAGACGGGCUGUCCAGGGUUGGUCCGGAAAUUACCCACAGCGGAUUGUUUCCAUGAUAAUGAGAAACCAGAUCCGAGCUGUAUAGGUCAAAGGCGUCAAGGGCCACACAGCUAAGGGGCAUUGGGCAUCCCACUCCAUCCAACCCCAAAUUCUCUUCUCUUGGGUUAAGUUAUGCUCAGCAUUAUCACCAGCAAUGAUCUAUCCACUGACGUAUCAAGGCAUCCAAAAGCAGUCGAUAUACCUCAGUCUUUGGUGGAACAAUCCAUGUGGCUUCUACACACGAGCUUAUUGCAUCGCUCUGUCUACACGGUGGGUGCACUAUCGGGGGCGUUUCCUCUUUUGGCCGUCAUGUUCGUUUCGACCACCAACCAUCGUCCCCUCAAGCAACGUGUCCUUCCUGCCCAAGCACACUUGUUCUUUUCUUAACAGUCGGGACGAUGUCUUAAACUUGCAUUUGCUCUCUUAUCCACGUGGUUCUUCUUUAUUUCUCUCGCUGUAAUUGAAGCGUGGAACUUUUCUUUCCGUUCUCUUUUGUGAACGUCCUGUGAUCCGUCUGUCACAGCCAUACACAUCGAUUAAAACACUUUCUUAUUCAGACACAUUGCGAUGUUGCUUUUCAGUGUGAAGUUCCGUGUUUCCAAAGGCACUCCAACCUGUUCUUGUCUGACUCUUUAUUUAAUAUUUUUUUUUAUCGUAAAUCUGCAUUCAUCCACUCUCCCCUUGGUAUACAUACUCGGCGAUGUGUUCCAGUUGUGUUCAUCUAAUUGAUACCUGCAAUUGUUUUGUGAACUUGCUGUACGUGACUUUUGUGUCUAAAUUAUCUUGAGACCAACUCUGCAGCUUUGGGAUCCAUUCUUGGUUAAAUCAAGGACACAUAAUUAAUGAACUAACUUAUAGGAAAGGAACUAAAGACAUGUUGAGGAAGAGACAUUGAGGUGUGAUGUGCAACUGAUGUUAUGUGAAACUGAUGUGAUGUGAAACUGACUAACCAAAGAAGAUGUUGACACCAACUCAACAGAUGUUAAUUGUCGAUGUUUAUAUGAACCAUGUAAUGUGUCACUAAAGGUUACAUGGAUGACAUUGGUCAAUUCUCAGUGAAACAACGAACAUUGCAUGAAAGUAGUCGUAAU